UUAAUAUCUGUGGCCCUAUCCCUUUCAGACUCAUGCAGCAGCCCAGGGUCUGGGUCAGUGAAUGGUGUAGCAUUUCUAUAAUUGAUCUUCACCCAAUCAACAAGAUCUCGUUAGCAAUCUGCCGCGCUGUUUUGAUUGCCUUGGUCAGCCCCCUCCUCAACUAUUUUUGGGUGGUAUUUUGAGGAUUGGAAUCGGUGGUUCCUCGUCAUGAACUCUUCAUGUAGUGAGGAAAGAAACAAGUCUCUUUCUUAGCAAAAGGGAAUCUACUACUAUGCCAUCGAGCUGACUGCCCGAGUCCUGCAGAACUGCAAAAUGAUUAGCCAGGACAACCGCUAGCAACUCAAACCAAAAAUUAUUUUCACGGUGGGAGUAGAUAUUAGACUUAUCUUGGAGAUCUGUGUGUAUAAGUUCGGGAUAUAUUUUCUCACGUCUUCCUCUUUCCAUGACCUCUACUAAAGAAAUGAAAACGGGAACACUUAUACAGUGCUGCAGCGAGGAAAGGAGACGGAGUCCUUUGGAUCAGCUUCCGCCCCCAGCCAACUCAAACAAGCCCCUAACCCCGUUCAGCAUUGAGGACAUUCUAAACAAGCCAUCUGUGCGAAAAGCUCCGGUCUCAGCCAGCCACGGGCCUCAACCAAGGGGAGUUCAAGACAAAGUUGCAGGCGGGUCCGGGGCUCCCCGCAAUGGAGUUGCAACUCAGUCAUCUCCACUAUGUGCACUGGAAGAGUUGGCCAGCAAAAUGUUUAAGGGCUUGGAAGUGAGCGUCUUGCAGGCUGCAGAAGGUCGUGAUCACAUUAACGCUUUUGGUCACAGACAACCUUCCAAAAAAAGGAGAAAGUCUCGUACAGCCUUUACAAACCAUCAGAUCUAUGAGCUGGAGAAGAGAUUCCUGUACCAAAAGUACCUGUCUCCUGCUGAUCGGGACCAAAUUGCCCAACAGCUGGGCCUCACCAACGCACAGGUUAUUACCUGGUUUCAGAAUCGGCGAGCCAAGCUCAAGAGGGACUUAGAGGAGAUGAAAGCAGAUGUAGAGUCACUUAAAAAGCUUCCUCCUCAAGCUUUGGAGAAGUUGACCUCAAUAUGUGACCCGGAUGACCCUCCUGUCCAUAAGCAUCACUCAAGACCCUUGUCACCUUGUCUCUCACCUUCACCUCAAGGACUUAUAACCUUCCCACAGUCCCCGCAGUCUUCCUCUAGGGAUCAUACAACAGACGAGUUCUCAGAAGAUGAAGAAAUAGAAGUUGAUGAUUGAAACGAGAGAAGGUACACAAUUACAAACUUUUUAGAUGGGGAGAGGGGACAAAACUGAUUCACUUCAUCCUAAACAUUUUGUUUAAGCAGUAUUAUACCCGGCGAUACAGACUUUCUGGACACAUGCCAUGCUGUCGUUCUGUCGUCAGCUGUUGCCUUUGAACUCCACACAACUGUGUAAGGGAUGAAGCUCUGAAUGAAAACGGUUGUCUGCUUUGUCACUGUGCGAAUGACUUAAGUGCGGAUGUGCAUUACGUUUGUAUGUAUGGCUGUUUAUCACCGGUUUCAGGGCUAUAGGAAUGUGAUUACUGCUCAGCCUGAACCAAAUUUAUAAAUAACCUCCACUUUUCUGGGAAAUUUGUGCAAUUCAAGUUUGUCUCUCGCUUUGGACUAUCGAGAGAGACCACUUUUUUUCUUUUUUUCCUUUUUUAUGAAGCUGCUAAAUUUGAACAUUUGAAAGUUGAAGCUAUAUGAACAAAAUACUGCCCAGCAGUAUUUUACUUUGUAAGAAGUUUAACGGUAAAGUUAAGUUAUGUUUUGGUGGGUAGGGUGGAGAGGGUCAAAUUAUUUUCAUUUUGUAUUAUAAUAAAUAUAGUAAUAUGCAUUUACAAAUUCAAGAUCUUGUCGUUUAUAAUUUUUGGCAUACCGCGUUUACUACAUUUCAGUACAUAAAGACAGUGGUUUACAAAUAGAGUUCAGCCACCUAUAUAAAAUAUUGUAAAUGGUUUCAGAGGCACAAAAUAGUGGACUAAUUCAGUUGUGUAUAUA